AUGGCAAUAAUUCCGCGCGAGCAGCAGCUGGCGGAGUAUCUUCUCAACAUGCCCAUGUGUAUUUUCUGCAGCAGUUUCCACAGAUCAGAGACAUGCGACCGUCUGACGGACACCGUUUCGAGAAUACUGCAUCUUCUGCACAGAGGACUGUGUCUUGUAUGCAUCAGCCACCACGUUUCCCUUCCGUGCCCAAGAUCAAGAAUCAUCUGUGCAAUGUGCAAUCACAUGAGUCAUCACGUCUCCAUUUGCUAUCAGAACGACAUGCCGAGAGACGAUAUCGUGGACAUUUACGAGGAUGAGCUCGAGGACGACUAUGAAAAGUGA